AUGGGCCUCUUUAAGAAGUUCAGAUCGGACGAAAAGCCAUCCAGGCCACUGGCAAAGCUCCCGGCCAAGUCUUCCCUGAAUCUGGAAUCUUCUGGUGAUGCCUCUGAGUUUUCCCUGGCCACCUCCCAGCUGUCCCACUCGUCUCAGGAUACGAACAAGCGCCAUCUGGAGCUUCUACCUAGGAAAGCUGCUGUGGCGGCCGCUCAGCUCAACAGACACCUGCUCCAGCCACGCAUCAGCCCUAGCGCCCUGGGCAUGAUCCAGCACCUGAACGGGCCUAAUUUGCAUCAAAACUACCAUUCGUCGGCCCAGCAGCAGCCUGUUGCUCAGAAUGGUGCCCCUAACGGGGGUCUUGUUCACGCCCAUAGCCUGAACGCCAUCGCGGCCAAUUACCACCAUCACCAAGGCUCAAACUCUGCAUUGGCCCCUAGAGGUAGGGCUUCAUUGCCUCCUGCCCAGGCCUCUUCGGCUACGGUUCCUAGCAGCCCAGCCGCAGGGAACCGCCCGGUCAGAGUUUCCCAUUCCGCUUCUACAUCCAUGCUGUCCACUGUCCCUAUGCCUUUUUACCCGACAAAUGCUGACGAUUCCUAUACCCUGGCUUCAACCCUGGCAGAAACGUCUCUGGGACUGGACGAUGAGGCUAAGCAUCCUUACUACGACCAAUGGAAGCAGUAUUACGCGGCAAUGGCCGGUUAUAAAGGUCCUCCUGCCCGUCACACUCAGUACGCGCCUCACAGCGCUCUGCUGCUGAGAAGGGCUUCUUUUGCCGGUUAUGCCAACUCGCCUUACGCUGGUGCUAAUGGCCUGAUGGGUCUGCUCUCCAACUCCAACUCCAACUCGCACUCCAACAUCGCCAACGCCAACUCUGGCAACUACAUGCAUUACGUCGCUUCGCAAGACACCCGCCGCGUGGAGCCCAACGGCUUGGUGCGCAACUCCCGCAUGUCUACGCUUAAGCUGAACCGCUCUUCGCUGGCCCCAUCUCUCGCUCAGGGCCAGGAUCCGCGCAUUAAGUCCAGAGCUGUGUCUAUGAACGUUGUGGCUCCUAAUGAGACUGCUGAAGUCGAGGACGAUGAAAUUGUGGAUGAUCCUCCUGUGCCAUCGGCUUUGGGAGCUCCUUCUACUAAACUGGUAUCGUUUGGCUUGCUGGGCAUGGGUCUCGAAAGACCUCCUCCAGUGAACACCAACUCCCACUCAUCUGUAACCGACUCUACUGCUUCUGAUAUGCUGGGUGAACCUGAUCCAAACGGACCACUCGUUAGAGAAGAUUCUGCCAUCUCUGACUAUGGCAAGUAUCUCUUCAACAGCACAUUUGAUGAUCUGACUGAUCAAGCUGAUGAGACUGAGCAGCAGAAUAUGGAUUAUGUUGAACCAGGCGUUCAUGCCGCGAUCAUGGCUGCUAAUGAAGCCCCAGCUCACCACUCUGAGUCUGUUUCCAGAAAUGAUUCCACUACAUCCAAGUCUUCGUAUAACUCGUUGCAGAGUGAGCUGAACUUCAGUGUGGGUCGUAAACCUACUAGGAUUGCACCUCAAACUGAGCAACAGCGCAACUUGUCUCGCAGACAGAAGGCGGAUCGCAGGUUCUCCAGGCAAAGCCAGUUCGUGCCACCUAUGCCAGGCCCACCUCCUCCUAUGUUCGGCCAACCUGGUAUGCCUCCAUCUCCAUCUUCGUUGACUUUUGGUUCUCAAAUGUUGCCUUACGGUUCCAGCUCUGAUAAUAUCCCUCCUGAAGGCGCUGCAUUCCAGCUUCAGCAGAUGCAACAACAGAUCCAACAGCUUCAGCAAUUGCAGCAGCAGCAGAUGCACAUGAAUGCUUACCAGGGUAAUCCACGUCAUAGUAGAACCAGUGUUUCACCUCAGCCGCAGCCUAGGUCUCUGGAUUCUACAAUCAACGCUAAGAUUGAGGAAUUUGUGCAUCUCCGUCUGACCAUUGCUGCUGGUCACAAGACGUUCGACUUCCGUUUGAGAUGGGCUAAAAUGUUAAUCACUGCUGUUAACUACAAGCUUUAUGCUUAUGUGAACAUUAAGGGUGACAAUAUCCCCAGCGAACAGGCUGCCAUGAAUAAACUUACAUUCGUUAAGCUGGCUGUGACGCACUUGCAAAAGAUGUUGAAGGAACUUGACGUGGAGAAGCAUACUCCACAGGACAGAAGAAUCUUUGCUGAAGUGUGCUACAUCCAUGGUUGUUUGCUCAUGCAUGACUAUGUGACCAAGUUUGAACAGGACUUCAACAUCCAGCAGGAUAAGGAUGAGGCUGACAGAUUCUUCAGAAAAUGUUUGGAGCUCAACCCACUCUUCUUCAGAGCUCACUACAAGCUUGCUGAGCUUUUUGAGGAAGACCAGACUGAGGAAAGUUUCGACACUGCAUUAUACCACUACACUCAGGCUGCAAAGUUGGGCUACAACCGUGCUAUCUAUCAGGUUGCAUUGAUUUACUUGACUGUUCCAAAGGCUCGUCUGUUGAAGUAUUACAAGUAUUUGAAGAGUCUCUCGGACAUUGAUAUGGAUUCAAAGGACAUUAAGUUGAGCCCUGAAGACCGUGACGAGCUUGAAGAAGUUUCCGGUUUGGCAUCGUUCCAGUUGGCUAAGAUUUACGAAGGCAUCUAUCCUGGCGACUUGACCCAAGAGGACGAGUUUGUUCAAAAGUCUUUGGAGAUUGCCCCUGUGAACUAUGCGAAGGGUUUGAGUUACUAUAACAGAGCUGCUAGACUUCACUGUCUCCAGGCGCAAGUUCGCUUGGGUCACAUCUACGAGAACGGUGACUUGAACAGGAAAUACAACCCGAACAAGUCUAUCCAGUGGUUUAUCAAGGCUGCUACCUCCCCGUUGAAGUUCAAGCGUCAUCCUGAGGCAAUGCUUGGAUUGAGCAGAUGGUUCAUGAUUGGUACGAAUGGCCUGAGUAAGCACAUACCAUAUCCUGAUCCUCAAGGCGCAUUGAUGUGGGCUGAAAGAGCAUGUAAGGAAUUCAGUUUCCCUGAGGCAUUCUACGCUAUGGGUCAAUUUGCUGAGCAGGGUCUUGCGCAAGGCGAUCCACAAGAAUGGUACAUGGAAUCUUAUAACCUUGGAUUCGCCGAGGCUGCUACCAAGUUGCCUGGUUAUCAGCCACCACCUGAUGUUACGGAACAACCUGAAAUGGAGCAUGUCCCUGAUGCUAAUGGCGCUGAGGACUUGACCUAUACGGAGGGUGUUCCAGACGGCCAGGGUAUGCCAAUGGCUCAAGGAACUAUCCCUGAGGAGUAUGCUCAACAAGCUAUCCCUGAGGAAUACGCCCAACAAGCUAUCCCUGAGGAAUACCCUCAACAAGCAUAA